AUGCACAUGGAGUGGCAAUUUGUCUUGAUCAGACAGCCACAAAGAUUUAAGUGUUCUCAAAUUAAUAUAACUGUUGUAGCUGUAGACUCACCAGUGAAUCCAACAAAUACACCGAUGGCUGAUGAAAGUGAUAAAUUUUAUGCAGAUUUACAAGAUACUGUAAAUAGAAUUUCUACUGAAGAUAUGUUAAUUAUCAUGGGAGACUUCAAUGCAACAAUAGGAGAAAAACAACAACAUCAAAAUGUAUAAAACUCUAUUAAACUGAAUGAUCCAGCAGCUGCUUUCUCUAUCAUAAGACGUUUACGCGGUGCAAGUAAACAAGUUGAAAACACGCCAAUUAAAGAUAAGAACGGCAAACUACUUUUGAACUCAUCAAAUCGACUACAACGAUGGCAUGAAUACUUUGAUGAACCACUUAAUAUUCCAUCAAUAGUCGAUCAAAAACUUAUUGAUGAAAUUCAAAUUGAUGCAUUAUCUAAAGAAGAAAAGAGACAAAAUGCUGAACCAUCCAUAGAAUAA